GAUUGGUCACCUUUUUCAUCCAAUGUCGUGUCUCCGCGCCAAAAGACCAACAAUCUGAGCAAUGGUGGACGUGGAGAUGAAGUCGGCGGAGGACGCGCCCGCGUUCGAGGGCAUCUCGAGCCGCAACCGCUCGACAGAGUCAUGGCCUUGGGUGGAAAAGUACCGGCCAUCAUCUCUGGACGAUCUCAUUGCGCACCAGGAGAUCAUUUCGACGCUUAAUCGCCUGAUUGACGCGCAAAAGUUGCCCCACUUGCUGUUCUACGGACCACCAGGCACGGGCAAGACUUCCAUGAUCAUCGCAGCAGCGCGACGGCUGUACGGCAAGAACUACGGAUCUAUGGUGCUUGAACUCAACGCUUCAGACGAUCGCGGUAUUGAUGUGGUACGGAACCAGAUUAAGGAAUUUGCUGGCACCAAGAAGCUCUUCAGCCAGGGCGUUAAGCUCAUCAUCCUGGACGAGGCUGACUCUAUGACCAACGACGCCCAAUUCUCACUGCGCCGAGUUAUCGAGAAGUACACGAAGAACGCGCGGUUCUGUCUCAUCUGUAACUACGUGAGUAAGAUCAUCCCAGCACUCCAGUCGCGAUGCACGCGCUUCCGCUUCGCCCCGUUGAACGAGAGCCAAGUCAGCGGCCGCGUCAAGCACAUUGCGCAGCUAGAGAAGUUGAACAUGACCGAAGACGGCUUUAAGGCCAUUCUACGACUGGGCCAGGGCGAUAUGCGUCGCAUCCUCAACAUCUUACAGGCGACGUCCAUGGCCCACGACGUCGUCAAUGAAGCCAACGUCUAUCUGUGCACGGGUAACCCUCUGCCAAAGGAUAUCGAGUCGGUGACCCAGUGGCUCUUUAACGAAAACUUUGCGACGGCUGUGCGUAAGUGUGCCGAGAUGCAGAAGCUCAAAGGUUACGCUACUAGCGACAUCCUGCAGGAUGUGUACCGCUACACUAUGGAACUGGAGCUGCCGCCGCGGUGCCGCAUGUAUUUAUACGACGAGCUGGCCAACCUCGAGCACCGCCUGUCUAAUGGCACGACGGAGGAACUGCAACUGGCCUCGCUGGUUGCCAUCUUCGCCAUUGCGCGCGAGCAAAUGUCCACUGCAGUUGCUGCAGCAUCUAAAGCCUAGAUUUACACUAGCAAAGCAAGGUCAAGUGAUACUAGAAAACAAAGCGAAUCAAUGCCAAAGUGACAGCUACAUGCA